AUGGAUAAUCCCAACAUCAUUUGCUGGAACUGUAGGGGGAUCUCCUCCAAAGCUACUUCUGAUCGUGUUCGGUUCUUGAUCAGGUCUCAUAGGCCUAAGAUAAUUUGUCUAGUUGAAACGAGAGCUAAUGCCGAUAGAACUUACCGUUUUUGCUCUAAAAUCUCCAAAAAUUGGGAAUGGGCUGCUAUUCUUGCAGAUGGUUUUUCUGGAGGUAUCAUUGUCCUUUGGGAUAAGUUCUUAGGAUAUGUUACCCCCAUUGCUGUUUCUCGUCGUGAUCUUCAUCUUGUUAUUUCUACCAAUAAUUCUUUUAAUUGGGUGAUUUCAACUCAAUUAUCAACAGAUCCGAACACCAUGGAGGGUCUUUUCAUCAUUACUCACGGUUUCGGUUUACCUGGUGCAAUAAUCAAACCGGGAGCUCCCGUCGUUGGGCUCGUCUUGACCGAUUAUGUCGAAGCAUGUUCUAUCUCCCCUAAUGGCAGCCCUUUGCAUUCUUUUGGCCAUUUGCUAUCUCGCUUGCGUUCUAAAAUUGUUUCUUGGAGUCUUACAGGUCUGACCCCCCUGGAUAGAGCUAUUAAAGAGACUGAAUCUACAAUUAAACUUCUUGAAGAAACUGUGGACUUUGACCCGGAGUCUAACUGUUCACUUUCGGAGUUAUAUUCCAGGUUUGCUUCUCUGCAAUUCCAAAACUCUGCUAGAUGGGCUCAGAGGGCUCAUUUACUUUGGCUCAAGGAUGGUGAUAAUAAUACUUCUUUCUUUCACAAUUCCGUCCAUAUUCGUUCCCAUUUUAAUGUUAUCUCUCAAAUUUAUGACUCCAAUGAUUCUUUUGUUACUAACCAGGCUGAUAUUGAGAGCAGGUUUGUGGGCUUUUAUUCCAAUCUUUGGAGGGAUAACACUUAUAUUAAUUUUCUAGAUGUUUAUAAUGCCCUGCCGCAUGACCUUCCUACUUUAACUGAUAUAGAUGGUAUCAUUCUUACUAAAGAUGUUUCUCGUGAUGAAGUUUUUUCUGCUCUUAAUGAACUCCCGUCUAGAAAAUCCCCUGGUCCUGAUGGUUUUAAUGCAGAAUUUUAUAAGUUUUUUUGGCCAGUUUUAGGUGAUCGUUUAUUUGAGGCCAUACGUCGUGAGCAGGUUGGUUUUGUUUCUGGUCGCUGUACUUUUGAUAACAUCUUAGCCCUUCAAGAGAUUGUUCACUCUUUGGAACAUAGCAUGAAUGACCCCCCUAGGAUGUUAACUAAAAUUGAUAUUGAAAAAGCUUAUGAUACGCUUAGUUGGAGUGCAAUUCUUGCCACGUUGGCCAAAAUGAAUUUUCCUAAUACUUGGAAUUCUUGGAUUGCUGCUUGCCUUAAGUCUAGCUCUUUCUCUAUUCUCAUUAAUGGAUCCCCUUCUUCCUGGAUUACCUCUACUAGGGGUAUUCGUCAAGGAGACCCAAUUUCAUCCUAUCUUUUCAUCUUGGUCUCUCAAAAUCUCUCUUCCUUGCUUAUUAGGUCAAUGAACUUAGGCAUGAUUCCAGGAUUUGAUGCUAGACUGUCUUAUAAUUUUAAUCAUCUUAUGUAUGCUGAUGAUCUAGUUAUUGUUACCAGAGCUUCUAGAUUUGCCGCCAGAAAUAUCAAACUCUGUUUGGAUUUUUAUGCCUCUUUGACUGGUCAAAAAGCAAAUGCUUCUAAAUCAUCAAUUUAUCUUCCUUCCUGGUUUAAUUCUAGGGUUGCUAGAAGCAUUAAAGAUAUUUUGUGUUUUCCUAUUGCUUCUUUUCCCCUCUUGUAUCUUGGAGUUUUGAUUUCCCCAUCCAAGCUGAAUGUGUCUCAUUUUAAACCUCUUGUUGAUCGUAUUAAUCGUACCUGUGCUAGGUGGAAGAACCUCAAGCUUUCUUUAGCAGCCAAAUCCACUUUGAUUAAUUCUUCCCUUCUUGCCAUUCCUACCUAUUAUCUAUCAGUCUAUCCAAUUCCUGACAGCAUUCUCAAGGAUAUCACUAAAAUUAUUAGGAACUUCUUUUGGCAUAAAUCUGGCAAUGGAAAGGGCAUCCACGCAGUUUCUUGGAGUCGCAUUACUGAUCAAAAAACUGAGGGGGGUCUUGCUAUUCGUAUUUAUCAAACUGCAUAUGUUCUCAAGCCUUUUUGUGGGAUUAAAUCUGUUAAUCCAUCUAUUACUUCUUUCCUCUUUGAUCCUUGGUGUGGUGAGAUUCCUCUCGCUUUCAAACCGACAUUUCUGAAUAUGCAUUCUGAUCUUGAUUUACUUGUUUGCAAUGAUUUGUGUAUUGGUAAUAGCUGGAAUUAUGAUUAUCUUUAUAACAUAUUUGGAUCCCAUAUUGAUGAUCUUAUUCCUAUUAUGAGUAUCAUUGAUCACACUUGCAACAAUAAAUGGGUUUGGAUUCCUAAACCAUUUAGUCCCAAGAUCACUUCCACUGUUUAUCAUUUUCUUAAUAACAUUGGAUCUGAGCCUUCUCCUUGGGCUGGGUGGCGUAAGAUUUGGUCUCUCAGAGUCAUGCCGAGAGUAAAGCAUUUCUUAUGGUUAUUAUUCAAUGGCAGGCUUGCUACUGCUGAUUUUCUCUAUUCUAUUAAUCUGGGCCCUCGGAGGAUGUGUAUCCUUUGCAAUCUUGACUUUGAGAAUUCAGAACACCUUUUCCAUACUUGUUGUAAAACACAGGGUCUCUGGGCCUUCAUCUCCAACCUGCUUCAUAAACAGAUUCAUUUUCCUGAUGGCUUUGUCAUGGGCAACUGGCUGUGUAUCAAAUGGGGUGUUUCUGCUGCUUUCUCCAAAAACGGCAAACAAAAGGAAGAGGACUAG